AUGGAUCCCCAUGCAUCAGACGAUUCGUCAACGGAAGACGAUGCAGCGUCGCAGACGACAGAAGAUGACCCCCAGGUCCCGGAACUCAAUGGGCAAACAGUUCCACCACCGCCUACGCGAACUGCUCCCGUAGCAUCUUCAACAGCGAGAGAAAGACCUCACUACGAGCUACGACAUACGAUGAGAGGUCAUACAGAGUCAAUUUCGGCUGUAAAAUUUAGUCCAGAUGGGACGCUCUUGGCUUCAUGCGGAGCAGAAAAUAUGGUCAAGAUCUGGUCCCCCUUUACCGGAGAACUUAUCCGGAAUCUAAAUGGACAUACCGCUGGACUCUCUGAUAUCUCCUGGUCCACAGAUAGCGUCUAUUUGGCCUCGGCGUCCGACGAUAAAACUAUUCGGAUAUGGGAGGUCGAUACCGGUAUGACUGCAAAAGUCCUAAAAGGCCACACCAAAGAAGUGUUCUGCCUUAAUUACAACGCUACGUCCAAUCUUCUCGUAUCUGGAUGCUGUGAUGGAGAUGUAAAGAUCUGGAAUACGGCCAGAGGCAAAUGUAUGAAGACGCUCCAUGCACACUUGGAUUAUGUGACCGCAGUGCAUUUUAAUCGGGAUGCGUCUCUGAUCGUUUCCUGUUCCUUGGAUGGCCUAAUGUACGUUCAGGAGUUCACUGUGAUCAAGGCUAACUCGUUCCUUGAUACCAGACGCAUAUGGAAUACAAGCGAUGGGCAGUGUCUAAAAACCCUUGCCGAGUCGCAGGAUGCAAUCUGCCAACACGUGCAGUUUUCGCCCAAUUCGAAGUAUAUACUUUCCACGGCGCAUGAUAGUGCAAUACGACUCUGGGAUUACCAGACUAAUCGUUGUCUAAAAACUUAUGUUGGCCAUUCUAAUUCGAAGUACUGUAUAUCAGCUUGCUUCAGUGUCACUGGUGGGAAAUGGAUUGUAGCAGGCAGCGAGGAUCAUAAAACUUACAUCUGGGACCUGCAAACGCGGGAGAUCGUUCAAAUUCUCGAAGGGCAUAGCGACGUUGUUGUGGCAGUUGCAGGACUAACAUACCCCUUCCAGACACACCCCUCGCAGAAUAUGAUUGCAACAGGCUCCAUUGAUAGCGAUCUUACUAUCCGGAUAUGGUCUGAUCGCACUGGUGAAGCCUGA